AUGACGCAAAACGAAGCUGUGAACCUUGAAGAGCAGGCCUAUUUGGACCUAUGUGAGCGUAUCAUCAAAGAAGGUGAGCACCGUCCGGAUAGAACCGGUACUGGGACGUACUCCCUAUUCGCUCCACCACAGUUGAGGUUCUCCUUGAGAGACGAUGCCUUCCCACUGUUGACCACGAAGAAGGUGUUUACAAAGGGAAUCAUCCUGGAACUGCUGUGGUUUGUUGCGGGAUGCACUGACGGUAAGAAGUUGAGUGAGCAAGGUGUUAAGAUUUGGGAAGGAAAUGGGUCACGUGAAUACCUGGACUCCCUUGGGCUGACUGAUAGAAGGGAAGGAGACCUAGGCCCGGUUUAUGGGUUCCAAUGGAGACAUUUCGGUGCAGAGUAUAAAGAUUGCGAUACUGACUAUACCGGCAAGGGAUUUGACCAGCUGGCAGACGUUAUUCAUAAGCUGAAGACUAAUCCAUACGACAGAAGAAUCAUCAUGAGUGCAUGGAACCCACCAGACUUCCCUCAAAUGGCCUUACCACCAUGCCAUGUGUUUUCCCAGUUCUACGUUAACUUCCCUGAAGGUAAGAAGCCUGAACUGAGUUGCUUAUUGUACCAAAGAUCUUGUGACAUGGGUCUUGGUGUUCCGUUUAACAUUGCGUCCUAUGCCCUGUUAACCAAGAUGAUUGCAAAGGUCUGCGACAUGAACUGUGGUGAUUUGAUCCAUACAAUGGGUGACGCUCACGUUUACAAAGAUCACGUUGAUGCCCUGGAACAACAGAUUCAAAGACAGCCAUACACAUUCCCAAAGUUGUUCAUCAAACGUGACGUUAAGGACAUUGACGAUUUCAAAUAUGAAGACUUCGAAAUCGUUGACUAUAACUGUCAUGGUAGAAUAGCUAUGAAGAUGAGUGUUUAA